CCCUCCUAUAGGACCCCCGCCAGUCCCCGGACCCCAGUUUUGGAACCACCGGUUUUAAGCCAUCCCUCUCUGCAGGCUCCAUGCUACUAUUGUCUGACAAGAGAGCGGGCUAUUUGCAAAAUAAAGGUCGCCUACUACCUACUACCCCACGUCUUAGCCUCUGUGGGCUGAUGCAUAGAGGCAGGCUGGGUUUCACCGUGCAGCGGGAAGGAGCGGGGUUUAUCAGCGGUACUCCUGUUGUGUUUUCCCCGCGGACAGCUUCUGCUUCUCGGCGGUCGGAUGCUGGAAGUCCUCCCCGAUAAGAGAGCACGUAGGGCUCGCAGAGAAAAAGAAAACAGGGACGCGGAAGGAAGGAGACACAGGGGAGCAUUUUAAUACCAAAUCGGGACACAUGUUGAGCUAACAGCCCGCUCCACCUCCCCCUUCUCCUCCCAAAUGCAUUUGUUGCCUCAAUCGCUUUCCCGUUACUAAAUCGUUAGGAUAUCUGCUCUCCGGAUCCACGGAUCUUCACUCCGGGACUAUCAUGGAUCUCAGUAAAAUUGCUGUCAGCAUCAAUAAGGCCAUCAACACACAGGAGGUCGCUGUCAAAGAGAAGCAUGCCAGGACCUGCAUCUUGGGGACCCAUCAUGAGAAAGGGGCCCACACUUUCUGGGCAGCGGUCAACCGGCUGCCCCUCUCCAGCAACGCCGUGCUCUGCUGGAAGUUCUGCCACGUCUUCCACAAGCUGCUGCGAGACGGCCAUCCCAGCGUGAUAAAGGACUCCAUGAGGAACAAGGCUGAUCUAACUGAUAUGAGCCGGAUGUGGGGUCACCUGAGUGAAGGCUAUGGGAAGCUGUGCAGCAUCUACCUCAAACUGCUCAUCACCAAAAUGGAGUUCCACAUCAAAAACCCUCGUUUCCCUGGCAACCUGCAGAUGUCGAACAGACAGCUGGACGAGGCGGGAGAAAACGACGUUAACAACUUCUUCCAGUUGACGGUGGAGAUGCUUGACUACCUGGAGUGCCAGCUCAACCUCUUCCUGGGCGUGUUCAGCUCUCUGGACAUGUCCCGCUCGGUGUCGGUGACGGCGGCGGGGCAGUGUCGACUCGCCCCGCUCAUCCAGGUGAUCCUGGACAGCAGCCACCUGUACGACUACACCGUCAAGCUGCUGUUCAAGCUGCACUCCUGCCUUCCAGCAGACACUCUCCAGGGACACAGAGAUCGCUUCCAGGAACAGUUUAAGAAGUUAAAGAGUCUCUUCUACCGCUCCAGUAACCUGCAGUUCUUCAAGAGGCUGAUUCAGAUCCCACAGUUGCCUGAGAACCCUCCCAACUUCCUGCGUGCGUCGGCUCUGUCGGAGCACAUCAGCCCCGUGGUGGUGAUCCCCGCCGAGUCAUCGUCCCCCGAGUCGGAGCACGUGGUGGAGACAGACGACCUGGUGGACAUGGACGUCCCUGUGAUGCCGGCUCCUUUGGAGACGAAGUUUGACGACCUGUUUGGCACCACGGCUGCAGUCGACCCUUUCAACUUCAGUCAGAACGGCAUGCGCAAGGAUGACAAAGAUCGUCUGAUUGACCAGCUGACGAGAGAGAUCCAGGCCCUAAAAGAAGAGCUUGAGUCUUUCCGACUGGAGAGUGGUCGCUUGUGCCAGGCGCUGAGGGGGCGUGUCAGUGAGCUGGAGGCGGAGCUUGCGGAGCAGAGCCACCUGAGGCUGCAGGCGGCAGGAGAGAGCGAGUUCCUGAAGGCAGAGCUGGACGACCUGCGGAGGGUCCGAGAGGACACGGAGAAGGAGCAGCGGAGCCUGACGGAGAUAGAGAAAAAAGCUCAGGCCAAUGAGCAGCGCUACACCAAACUGAAGGAGAAGUACUCGGAGCUGGUUCAGAGUCAUGCAGACCUGCUGAGGAAGAACGCAGAGGUGACCCGGCAGAUGACGGUGGCUCGGGCGGCUCAGGAUGAAGUGGAUGAAGUGAGGAGAGAGAUGCAAGAGAAAGUGAAGGCCGCUCAGGACGUCGCAGAAAAACAGGAGAAGGAGCAGCUGGAGCAGCUUCAGGAUCUGCAGAGAGAGCUGCUUUCCAGCCGGACGGAGCUGGACUCCCUGAAGACGACCGUGGACUCAACACAACAGGCUUCGAGUGAAGUUCUCGGCACCGAGCUGGUCGCCCUGGAGUCUGAGAAGGCGGAGCUUGUGCAGUCUUUGUCGAAGGUGGAGGCGGAGCUAGCUGUGCAGGGGGAGGAGCUGGAGAAAGUCCAGAGCUCGCUGGCGACUGAGAGGGAGAGCGGGGUGAAGACAGCCGAAACGCUGCAGAAUCAGCUCAAUGAGAAGGAGAGCAGGGAGCAGGCGUUGGAGAGCCAGCUGGUGGCGGCGCGCUGGUCCGGCCUGCAGGGAGCUCUGGAGGAGGCAGAGAGGAUCAUCACGGACUCGCUGGCUCAGAUCAACGACCCGGCACACAUCAGCUGCACCAGCUCCGCAGACUACCUAGCAUCCAGAUGUCAGGCCUCUUUAGUUUGUAUGGACAGACUCCACUCUGCCAGAGAGGCCUUCCUGGCUGACAACACAGGUGUAUCUGAGCUGGUUCGAGUGGUGACCCAGUGUGGCCACCUGGUGGGAGACACCAUCGUUCAGGGCAGCGCCACCUCCCACAUGGUGCCUGUGGAGCAAGCUGAUGCCCUGUCAGAGAGUGUGAAGUUGUGCGGCGCUGAAGCUCUGGACCUGCUGGGCCUGAUGAAGCAGAGGGACAGCCUGACGGCAGCAGACAGCAGCAGGCUGAAGGCCGCUCUGGAGGCCAUCCUGGCCACUGCAGAGAAACUGCGUCCUCGGGGGUUGGAGCUGCAGCAGGGGGAGCUGGGAGAUAUGGUGGAGCAGGAAAUGUCUGCCACCUCCGCUGCUGUGGAGUCUGCUGCUGCCAGGAUAGAGGAAAUGCUCAACAAGUCUCGAGCAAGUGAUACGGGAAUCCACAUGGAAGUCAAUGAGAGGAUUUUGGCGUCCUGCACGGAGCUGAUGCAGGCGAUCAAGCAGCUCGUUGUCUCUUCCAAAAAUCUGCAAAGGGACAUCGUGGAAAGCGGCAGGGGGGCAGCCUCCAUGAAGGAAUUUUAUGCCAAGAACUCCCGCUGGACUGAGGGCCUGAUCUCUGCCUCCAAAGCAGUGGGAUGGGGCGCCACUGUCAUGGUAGAUGCUGCUGAUCUGGUGGUGCAGGGCAAAGGGAAGUUUGAGGAGCUGAUGGUGUGUUCACAUGAAAUAGCUGCCAGCACAGCACAGCUAGUGGCUGCAUCCAAGGUGAAAGCAGACAAAGACAGCGCUAACCUGCAGCGCCUUCAGCAGGCGUCCCGCGGCGUCACACAGGCGACUGCAGCCGUCGUGGCCUCCACCAAGUCUGGGAAGUCCCAGAUCGAAGAGAAAGAUACGAUGGACUUCUCCAGCAUGACUCUCACACAGAUCAAAAGACAAGAGAUGGAUGCGCAGGUUCUGGUUCUGGAGCUGGAGACCCGUCUGCAGAAGGAGCGCGAGCGACUCGGCGAGCUGAGGAAGAAACAUUACGAGCUGGCGGGGGUAGCAGAGGGCUGGGGCGAUGGAGAGGAAGUGACAGGUUGAGACCAGGAUCGUCUCCCUCCUCCACCAGAAGACCGACUUCUGCCUGCCUCUUUCUAUUUAUACACCCUUCACUCUCUUUCUUCCUUGUUUUAUUCUCUCGUUUUUUGUUUGUUUAUCUCCAAGCCAAAUUAAAAGGUGCUUCUUUUUUCUAAACCUACUUCUCCACCCAUGUCCAAAAGCUUCCAUAAGGGACGGAACCAAGGGUGCAGCGACGGGCGGUGUCAAAGGGACGAACAAGAGGAUGUUACUGUUGCCUCUCCCCCAGGACUGUGUUGGUGCAAAGCGUUGGAAGUGAAGUGGAUCCCAGUAUUUAUUGUCUUUUUCUUCGCCGGUUCUAAAUAACGGCGUUCCAACAAAAGGAGGAGAAGCUACGAGCACAAGUUCCCACUCAAGACAUCCCAGGAUGCUCUGCACAACCUUUCAGCAGUGAGAGUGGACAUCAGUGACUGUUCUUUAUCUUCCUCCCGAGUGUCUUCCUAUUCUUUUCACACUGUGAGUUAUCACCGUAUUAAGUCCAUACCACUUCGCUGGCUGGUUUACUGGACUUUCUGCCUUUCACCUCUCCACCAUUGUAACGACCGUGACUGUUUACCCGAGCAGUCCACUGUUUUUUUAUUCUUCUUUUAACAGACGCUUGCAUGGAAACUCUUAAAAAAAAUGCUCUAAACUGGGAAAGGUUUCAGAAAUGGAAAACAUAUUUUUCUUCUUUUCCUUAUGAGCGCUGAGACUGCCAACAAACCUCUUCAGCGUCAGAGGUGUAACAAUGAGAGAAUCUGUCAAACACUAAAAACAAUGGGGUCGUUUUUUUCAUUUCCCAUUUUUUACCGGUUCGAGUGGAUAGUGAGAGGAAAAACCCAUUUUUAUAUAUAGAGAUAGUCUGGCAGCAAAAGCAAACAAUGUAUUAUACAGUUUAAGAUCCAUAUUGGUGCAUAUUUUUACAAAUAUCCUCGAUGAAACAGUGAAUUUGCUCCUGUGGGUAUUGUCCACAGUACAUGACCGUUACAUGUAUGAUAUGUGUGUAAUGUGUAUUUGUAAAGCGCUUUGAGCAUCUGGAAAAAGCGCUAUAAUAAAUGUAAGGAAUUAUUAUUAUUAUUAUUAUUAUUAUUAUUAUAAGAAAUCAGUCACAGAAGCAGCAGCUCUGGAGGGGGUUUUCUGACAGUUUGCUAACCAAGACGUUCGCUUGGUUACAUCCUUGGACAUUGCAGUCGAGCGAGCGUUCUCCCAGAGAGGAUGUUAAACCGAGAGAGGAAAUCAGCAGGAGCCCCAAAAGGAAAUCCUCAGAAGUUGGAUUGAUGAACUUGAAUGUUUUGGGACAGUACAGGCUGCACAAAUGGAUGAAAUGUUUUAUCCGGCUAAUCACAUGAUCAUGCCUCUUCACAUGCCCUGCAGGACUGAUGGUUAACUGCAGUUUUCAACGAUCCUUUAUUAUCUAACUGUCACAAUGGACUCUAAAUGUGUGCGGCACAGUGACUGCAGUGUUUUCAAUCGCCUCCUAAUGACCAAGUAGCUGUGUGUAUAUAAACUACAGGCCUUCUAUGGUUGGGAAUAAUCUUUUGCUUACCUUCAAUCUAAAAGCAUUACUGUUUUGCAUCGCUCCAAGUAAGGAUUCAGUUUAAUUGAAUUAAGGAUACAAAGAUGGUGCACACGAAGGCCACCGGAGAGAGAGAGAGAGAGAGAGAGAGAGGUUGUUAUUUCCAGAGACUGAUGGACUGAAUGGACUGAGAUCAUGCCUUUGUGUAAACCAUGAGAUGAGUUGGCAUCUGUUAUUUUAACCUUAUUUUCUUUGUUUUGUUUAAUGACAGCCAUGAUGAUUCUCUUGGAGUAUGUCUCUGUGUGUCUUAACUUACUUUGUUACGGCACUCUGCUUCAGCUGUCUAACUUAAAAAAACAUUUAAAAGUUACUUGCAGUAGCAGAUUAAUGAAUCAGAAGUGUUUUAUUAGCCAACUUUAUUUUGUUCCCCCAUUAGAUAAUACUACUUCUCCAAGCAGGUUAAAACAAACAAGUGUUAUUGGCGGUACUCCUGGGUUCACAUCUAUUUAAUAAUGAUUUUAAAUGUUUUUUUGUCACUUCGUCCACACCUGGUUAGCUGAUUUUGUAAAAAUUUGGAAUACAAAACAAAAAAGAUACCAUUUAAAAGGGGGGGAUCACUUUCUUUACAGUAUUUAAAGUGUAUCAAAAGGGGAAUUGAACGCACCUAAAGUGAUGUUUGGUUGUGUUUUGGCCCAGAUAUUGGUUGCUAACCUCUCUGUCUCCUCUCUGGUGUCUGUAGUCCUCCAGCUCAGCCAGCCUUUCAAACUGCCUCACACUGUAGUCAAAGAGAAACAAAUACUCACAUAGCAACAUUGAAAUAUGUCUUUGUAUGAUAUACUAAAACUAUGUUGGUGGGUUUGUUUUUAUUUUUUCAGUUUUUAAAAUAAAUAUUUCAACUCGUUAAUACAGAA